AUGGAGCGCUCGGACAGGGCUCCUCUGCUGGACUUUGAGGAGGCUCCGUCUGCGGAGAAGCCCGAAGGAGACGCUCCUGAUGACCGACUGGCCAGUCCUUCCAACAGCCGCUCUGUCGUGUCUGCGUUUGGGUGGAGCAGCGGCCAGGGGGCUCCCAGUAACCCACUGGUCACUGACCAAGCACCUGUGCCGCAUGAGGAGGGCUGUCUACCCGAGGAGGUGGCCUUGGAAGACAGCAUGGUGAACUGGGAAGAAAAGGACCAGAUAGUGUCAGUCUUUGUGGUUACAUUCAAUACAAGAACAGGGAACAUGCUGGAGUGGUGUCUUCCCAAAGACAUGGAUCUGGAGGGGGUGGAGUUCAAGGCGAUAGCCAGUGGCUCUCACCGGGUCUCCACAGACUUCAUCUAUUUCCGAAAGGGCAGCUACUUUGGCCUGGCCUGCUUUGCCAACAUGGCGGUGGAGAGCACAGUGGAGCGAGGGGCCAGGAUGAAGUCGGUGGGGAUCCUGUCUCCUUCAUAUACUCUGCUCUACAGAUACAUGAGCUUCCUGGAGCAUCAGGUCAGACUCCAGCUUCAGACUCCAGGCCACUACUCCCCUCUUGAAGCCUUUUAUGAAGAUAAGAGAGCAGUGCUGCCCCCUGGUGGCGAUGGCAUUGUUUCUGCUUGUCAAGCUAAUGCCUGGGGAGCAGUCACCAAUCACAGCAUGCACCCUGAAAUGAAGAUCACACACCCCGCCGGCUGCAUGUCCCAGUUCAUCCGCUUUUUCGGGGAGCAGAUCAUGGUGCUGUGGAAGCUGGCGUUGCUCCGGAGACGCAUCCUCAUCUUCUCUCCUCCACCUGUGGGAGUGGUCUGUUACCGAGUGUACUGCUGCUGCUGUCUGGCCAACAUCUCCAUCCCUGGAAUUGGCGUCGCGGUGCCCGAGUUCAGGCCCUUUUUCUACGUAAACGUGGCCGACAUCAGUGCUCUGGAAAAUGAGCUCUCUUAUGUCGCUUGCACUACAGAGAAGAUUUUUGAGGAGAAGAAGGAUCUGUAUGACGUUUAUGUGGACAACCAGAAUGUGAAGACGCACAGAGAAGGACUGAAGCCGCUGCUCCGGCUCAGCGCUGCCGACAAAGACAAGUACCACAAACUCACAGAGCAAAGGCAGAUGUUGUUGUACUCUCAAGAGGAGACUGGAGACUGUGUGUCCAGUGAAGAGGACCUUUUUAUUUUGUUCUUCUUGGAGCAGAACAACCGCAUCUUCCAGACACUGAGUGAAGUGGCCAACAGCAGCGAGCCCACCCUGACCCAGGAAACUGUUAGGGCCAUGGGGCUGGACCCUCACGGAGACCGCCUGUUCCUGCUCCACCUGCUGGAGAUCUACGGCUACGACACGCUACUCGUCUCUGACCAACUCUGCUGCAGCUGA